GUCAGAGCAGCAGCACGGCGAAGCUGAAGAGCCUGACUGGAGCUUUAGAGAUCAUGACGGAAACUCGCUCUGCCUUCCUGAUGAUCCAUAAGGAGCUGCUGGAGGAGCAGAUAGAGUUGAGUGAACCUGCUGAGUCAUCACAUUCUCCUGACGCGGCCGGGGGCUCCCCCUCGGGACUGAACCUCCAGGAAGUGAUGAAGCUGAUCGGCGUGUUUGAGCCAAGCUUCUCCUUCCUGCUGCUGCAGGUGAUCAAACUGAUGACGACCAUGAAACGGAAACCAAGCAAUAAGGAUGAGGAGCUGCUGAAAACCUUUAAGAACGUGUACUCCAAGCUGCUGCGAGCGGAGAAAAACACUCCUCUGCUGAGCCGCAUCGAGCUCCACAUCGAGCUCCUGCAGCAGCUGAAAACACAAACAGGAAGUGGAGACACGGGAGCGCAUUCAUGAUGAAGACAGAAACCACAGUGCGAAGGACACUCCAGACCUUAAGUCUUCUUUAAACCCCACUCAGUGACAGAAGAGAUGAUUUAUACACAGCUUUUUUAACACAUGCUCAGGCAACACCGUCCUACUCUGAAUGACAGUCUGAAAGCUGAUUCACCUGCUGCGCCUUUAAAAAAAAACAACUCAUCUUUUCUCUAGCAUUUGCAUCGAAGGUUUGGAAUUGUACAUUUUUGUGAAAAAGUUGUAAAUUAGAAGGAUAUUAUUUAAUUGUGUUAUUGCCUAAGCAGUUAUGGCUUGCGUGUAAAGCUCCUAUGUGUAGGAUUUGUUUUUGACUGUACCACAUUUGAUCUGGAUUGCCUCAUUUUUAUACAAAUAAAACAUACUGUAGGAUUUUAAAGAUGGUAGUACCACUUCCACACACUCAUAAAGAGGGAUUUAAUUUAGCAUCAGCUUACAAAAAUAAUUGGUCAUUUUCAUAUUCUAUAAUACCAAAAGAACUGUGAAUAACAUAGAUUGAAGUGUUUUUUUUUAUAACAGUGCAAUAGCUUGGCAACUUUCAAUGCAAUGUUUAUGUCAGCAUGGUUUGCUGUGAUGUGAAAAUUAAAGGUUUUUAAAAAAGAAAUUGUUUGAA